AUGGCAUCACAUACAUUGCAAGGCAAGGAGCUGGGGCGGGGGCUGUAUGGCAUCACAUACAUGGCACGGCACUGCAAGUCACAGCAACACUUUGCCUGCAAGACCAUCGCCAAGCUUGGCAUGAAAGCCCACCACCCUCAACCACCUCUCUCUACCCCAUCCCAUCGCUCCCCACCUGCCCAUCUCCCACCAGCGCCACCUGUCCGACACGUCAUGUGCCAACGUGGCACAGGAGGCAGUCAUUUUUCACCGCAUUCCACCGUUUCCCACCUGCCCAACCCCAGCCAGCGCCACCUGUCACCCACGUCAUGUGCCAACGUGGCACGGGAGGCAGCCAUUCUCGCCCACCUGUCCACCGGCCAGGCGGGCAUUGCGACGCUGAUCGACCAAUACGAGGACGCCACAUGUGUGCACUUCAUUUUGCAGUUUUGUAGAGGCGGCAUGCUGUACGACGGGGUCAAGGCGGAGGGCAGCUAUAGUGAGCAGUGGGCGGCCAGCAUGGUGCGGCAGAUAGUGCAGGCAGUGCAGUACAUGCAUGAGCGGGGAGUGGUGCAUCGGGAUCUCAAGCUUGAGAACUUCCUACUGCUGCACCAGGGCGACGAUGCCCCCCUCAUGGCCAUUGACUUUGGCCUCUCCACUUUCUUUCAACCAGGGCGGGGCGUUAUCCAUCAGGAUCUCAAGCUCAAGAACUUCCUGAUGCUGCAUCCCGGUGACGAUGCCCCCCUCAUCGCCAUUGACUUUGGGUUGUCGACUUUCUUUGAGCCGGGCCAGCGAUUCAAGCAGGUGGUGGGCAGUGCGUAUUAUGUGGCACCAGAGGUGUUGCGAAGAGACUGUGGCAGCGAGUGCAACAAAGUAGAGCAUUGGAGUGAUGACCCCCUCCCUCCCCUCCUUCCAAUCUCAUUCCUUAUUCCAUGUCUCUCUCUCCUCAGGCCAGCGCUUCAAGGAGGUGGUGGGCAGUGCGUACUAUGUGGCACCAAAGGCCAGCGCUUCAAGGAGGUGGUGGGCAGUGCGUACUAUGUGGCACCAGAGGUGCUGAGAAGAGACUACGGCAGCGAGUGUGACGUGUGGAGCAUUGGAGUCAUCACCUACAUGCUGCUAUGCGGAACCCCGCCUUUCUGGGAUGUGUCAGAAGAGGGUAUAUGUGAGGCGGUCUUGAAGGGAGAGUACGAGAUGAGCAGUGCCCCCUGGCCGGCCAUCUCCAAGCAGGCAAAACAUCCUUCCCCUAUUCCUUCCCUCACAAACCCCCCAAAUCCCCACCACCCACCAGUAUCGGAGGAGUUACAUCUUCUCCCAUGCCCUUCCAACUCCUCACUGCCAUAA